AUGGAUCACCAUCACGUUGCUCUCUAUAUUGCCGGUGUCACCCUACCUUCUACCGUUGCUCAUGAUCACAGCAGCAGCGUUCAUCCGAGAGGAGUUUAUGGAACUGGAUUGAUUCUUGAAGAUCGUUUUGCUCUGGAUUUCAGUGGCUACAACCGAAGGUUGGUGAACCUUGUGGUGGUGAGGGCAGCUGGACAAAAUGAAGCUUUGUUCCCUGGUGUGGAGGGGUUGGUUGCAUUUGAUGAGUUCAUGAUUGUUAUUAAGGAUCAUUGGAUUGAUUGUAAUAUAGUAGUGAUUGUGAAUGUGAAUUGGCAGAGGAAGGGGAGGCGAAUACGAGGCACAUUUCUGUUAGCAACAUGGCAUGGAAUUCAAGUUGUUGUUAAAAUGUUUGGUGAAGAAGUCAUGACCAAUGAGGAUAAAGUGAGUGCAUUUAUUGAUGAGCUUGCCUUACUUCAAAAAAUAAGACAUCCAAAUGUAGUGCAGUUCCUGGGAGCUGUUACUCAAAGUAGUCCAAUGAUGAUUGUCACCGAGUAUUUGCCAAAGGGUGAUCUUCGUGCUUAUUUGAAUAAGAAGCGCCCAAGUCAGAAGAUGGCGAUCAAGUUUGCACUUGAUAUUGCUAGAGGCAUGAAUUACUUGCAUGAGCAUAAACCAGAAGCGAUCAUUCAUCGUGAUCUUGAGCCAUCGUGA